CUGGUGACUUCAAGGGUUGUUGACGCAGAAAGUGAGGAGCCUACACGGAAAGACGAACAUAUUGCAUGUGAAUUGGAAAAGCUUCGUGAGUGGUUUAAGGUUUGUUCUGGCUGCUGGAUGACGUGGAUCAAUUAUAUUUUUAUAACGGGCUUCAGUAGUUAUUGUCGCUAUUUGAAGGUUGCUGACCACUUUUUGCCGAAGGAAGUGAAACAGCAAAAUGAAGAUUUGACCAAAAGUUUCGGUGAAUGGCUCCAGUAUCUGACAGUUGGCUUCAAUUUACUGGUUUAUGGAAUCGGAUCUAAAAAGGGUUUGCUUGACGGCUUUUGCAAAUUCAUUAGUGGUUAUACGUACGUAACAGUGGAUGCAUACCACCCAGCUGUAAGUAUGCGAACAAUUUUGCAGAAAUUGGAGUCAGGCUUUUCAAUUCGUUGCGGAGUUAAAGAACGUAACAUUGUGUUGUGGGCUGCAAUCCUUGCAAAUGAACUGGGAAAAAAGUCAGAAGACGUAAUAUUGGUUAUCAAUAAUAUUGAUGGUGUUGGCCUAAGGCAUUUAUUUGUUAGAGAAGCUGUACAACAGCAGGCACUUAUUGAACUGGCAAAGUGUAAAUAUAUCCAUAUAGUUGCUUCUAUGGAUCACUUUAACACGCCUUCUUUGUGGUCCUGGGAAAUGCUUGGGUUUUAUAACUUUUUAUGGGUCAAAGCAAGUACGAUGUGUUGCUAUCAGUUAGAGAUCUUAGCUGGUGAGUCGAAGCUUUUGAAGUUGGAUAGUAGUAAUUCAGCGUAUGACCAUACCUCCGCAUCCUUGGAAGUCAUUUGGCAAGCGUUGACCCUCAAUUCAAGAAUGAUCUUUGUCAAAAUAAUCAAAAUGUUUUUCAAUUACAAUAAGCCAAUUGAAUUCUCGAUUUUAUACGACCGGGCAAAAGAUGAUUUUCUUGUGAACAAUGAUGUUGUUCUACAACAACACCUCAUUGAACUUUUGGAUCACAAGUUGAUAAGUAAGGAACAGCAACUCAAUGGCAGUGAAUAUAUUUCUGUACUGGUCGAUAAAAAUGUAAAUAUUUAA